AGAAGAACAAGUGUGAAGAAAAGGACAACGAGUGUGACGAUCCCAGAGGAACUGAUACAAACACCAGUGGUAAAGACCGAAGUGGUUGCUGAGGGCAAGAAGGACGCCAUUCAGAGUCCCACCCGUUCAGAGAAGGAGGAACUCGGGGCCCUUACGUCAACCCCACCAGGAGGAGACGCCAUCCAGGCCAGCGUUGCUAAACCAGGCGACGGCGUGGGGGAGGAACGCGAGUCAUGGGACAGCAAGUGGCAGUACCUCCUGGCUGUCAUCGGCUAUGCUGUCGGUCUUGGUUCAGUGUGGCGGUUCCCUUAUCUCUGCCAGAAGAACGGAGGAGGAGCCUUCCUGUUCCCCUACUUGAUCAUGCUGGCGGUGGAGGGCAUCCCCGUGUUCUACCUGGAGUUAGCAGUGGGACAGCGACUCAGAAAAGGUGCCAUUGGUGUAUGGAAUCAGGUGUCGCCGUACUGUGGAGGAAUCGGUGUGGCCUCAGCCUUCGUAUCCUUCAACGUGGCUCUCUACUAUAACACGAUCAUCGCCUGGUGUCUCUACUACCUCGCCGGGAGCUUCAGGAGUCCGUUGCCCUGGUCAGAAUGUCCCAAGGAAUACUACGCUAACGGAUCCUACAGGAUUGUGAGAGAGUGUGCGAAAAGCAGUCCCACCGAGUACUUCUGGUAUAGAGAGACAUUGGAGAUCUCACAGGACAUUAGCCAUCCCGAGAGAUUCAACUGGAAGAUCGCAGUGUGUCUCCUCGUGGCGUGGUUUCUGACUUACCUCUGCAUGGCCAAGGGUAUUGCAUCUUCCGGAAAGGUGGUGUACGUGACGGCGCCUUUCCCCUACCUAGUACUCGUCAUCUUCUUCGUUAGAGGAAUUACCCUGCCAGGGAUGGAGGAUGGACUCAAGCACCUCUUUACACCUGAUUGGGGGAAGAUCCUGGACCCGACGGUGUGGCUGGAGGCGGGGACGCAGAUCUUCUUCUCGCUGGGUCUCGCCUUCGGGGGUCUUAUAGCCUUCUCCUCCUACAACCCGAUACACAACAACUGCUUCCGCGACGCCGUGGUGUGUGGCAUCAUCAACUGCUGUACUGCCAUCUUCGCCGCCGUCGUUGUCUUCUCCGUGCUAGGGUUCAAGGCUCACAUAACCUACGAACAGUGCAUCAAGGAGAGAGACUCAAUCAGGAUGGAGGUGUUAAACUUGACAGAUGGUUUAGCAAUAGCUCCAGGAGAGAUGAUCAGCAUCGAUGGACACACGGAGAUACCCAUGCCUACUCUACCCAAGUGUGACCUACAAGAGACCCUCAAAAACUCUGCCUCUGGGACGGGCCUGGCUUUCAUUGUGUUCACUGAGGCCAUCAACCAGUUCCCCUGGGCACCCUUCUGGUCAGUGCUCUUCUUCCUCAUGUUAUUUACUCUUGGGAUCGACUCUGAAUUCGGCACCUUGGAAGGAGUCAUUACCUCUAUCGUCGACCUUAAAGUCUUCCCGAACGUUAGGAAGGAGAUCUUGACAGCCAUCAUUUGCUGUGUGUGUUGCGCUAUCAGUAUGGUGUUCGCGCAUGGUGCUGGUAACUACGUCUUUAUCCUGUUCGACGACUUCUCUGGUAACAUUCCCCUUCUCAUCGUCGCCUUCUUUGAGUGCAUCUCUGUCUCCUACGUCUACGGCCUUAGAAAGUUCAGUGAUGACAUUGAGUUGAUGAUCGGCAGCAGACCAAACAGCUUCUUCCUGUUGUGUUGGAAAUAUAUCUCCCCUGCUGUUAUGCUGACCAUCCUUGGCUCAUCCAUCAUCAAACAGGUGAUGAACGGAUCGAGCUACAUGGCGUGGGAUGCUAAUGCCGGCGUGGUGAAGUUAGAACAGUGGCCAUCGUGGGCGUGGGGGGUGGUGGCCGUCUUGGUGUUAAUAUCAGCUCUCUGGAUCCCUGGCAUAGCUCUUACCAGGUUGUGUGGCUUCCAUGUGAUCCAGGACGAAGAGCCAGCGUGGUUCCCUGCCGAGGAGCUGAGAGAGUUCCACACAGUCGUCCCCCAUAAGGUGACAGCCGUGGAGAGGAAAUUAUUCUGCAUUAAAGAGGACGGGAGUGAGGGCCUCUGCUGUCCCAUCGGCGGACCACCCAAGGAGAACGUCUAAGAAUAAGAGAAAAAAAAAAUAUGUUGUGUUAAUUGAAAGGGUAAAUAUAUAUAUAUAUACUGGAUUGAUUAGAAAACACGGAGUGAUAAGUUGCCUGUGUGUAGAGGAGUGUUAGUACGUAGAGACAGCAACAGAGACUCGUGGUUGUGGAGUAGAAACCAAUGUUCACCUGACGAGAUAAUUAUACGGUAACAAGCCUCUUCAUUGUCUGUUAAGAAGUAUUUUGCAUAAUAUCUGAUCGAGGCUUUUUGCUUGGUACCUUUUUUUAGCUUGAAAUACCCAAAUUUUAUUGUUGUCUUAUCAGUUGCUAUCAUAGGUGCCUCUAACACCCCCGCUAUACUCCCUUAACGACGCCACUUAAUGAUGUUGUCCCUAAGAGUAUCUGAUACCUCAUACAGAUAUAAACAGGAGGACUUCACUAGCCAAAAUCCCAUUCUGGUCUUUGCACUUGUAGUAAUAACAACAAAUUAAAUUCAAACGUGUGGAAAAAAUACCUUGUGAGUUGUGUUGAGUGAAGAGCCGGGAGGUUAUGUGACCCAAGUGAGAACUAUACGUGUGUUCAGCCUCAUAAUAGCGGCUGUCAUUAGGCUGCUGUUAACAGACUCAUCAUGAGGGCUGUUGAUGUGUACAGUAAUAGUCAGGAGAUUCUCGGUGUCAGUUUCGUCACCAGCAACAUGUAAAUAAACAGUGUGGGCAACACCAGUGAGCAGCAUGGUGGGUUGUGUCGGCUCUACAAUAUGGAGAUUGUUAUAUUUAAUGAAGAAUCUACAAACAGCUUGAGUUAAGAUCCAUAACUAAUCAAUUUUAAGACAAACUGAAUCAUAUUAAGAUUUGAUUAACGGUAAUACGCCAGUGGUGUGAGGCGGCGGUUGAGUGGAGACAGAGCCUAGCUUCUGUCCUAAGAAUUAUUGGUUCGAUCUACGGGCACUUCCACUUCACCCAGCUGUAAAUGGGUACCUAACUUUACAGUCUGGGAACUGAAGGUGGUCGAGUGCAGUGCUGAACACACUGCCUCCUUGUGUACCAAGGCCCAUGUACCCGGGAACCGCCACAGAUUCCUGUUGAAUAUACUGUAAGACUAACCAUUGUUUUCAGUAUUUGUAUUCAGUACUGUACUUACGACAGGUGUAGAACAUGUUCACCAAAGUCGAGCACAUAUUAUAUCCCCUGACGCUCUAAUGAGAGACCAAAAUACCACGAAAUAAUAAUAAUAAUAAUAAUAAUAGACAGCCAAACCACCACUCAAAAAACAUACUUUUUUAUUAUCAACACCAAUGAAGAUCUUUUGGAGGACAAUCACCUUAACAAGUUUUAGUAAGAUCCUUAAACUCCUUCAAGAAGAAUCACUCCGCCCACCUGACAGAGUAGGCGAGGGGGGGGGGGGGUCUGUUUGUUGUUAUAAGUCCCAUCAGUUAUAAGUAAGAUUGUUUACUGGAGCCGCCAUGACACCACUAUGGUACUGGUGAUGCAGGCGGACACGUGGAGUGGGAAGGGGGACAGAAAAUGCAAGGGCUAUAUAAAAAGGGAAAGAACAUAGAGAGGAUUAGGACACAAAGUGGGAGGGACACAUAAAAUGGGAGGGAAAUAGAACACGAGAUGGGAGGGAGGGAGGGAGGGAGGGGGGAAGGGAAGACUCUGUGGAUCAACAAACGCUUGCUCAAUUUACCGAAGGACUUGCAGGCUUAUGGGUGUUCUCUUGUGAACCCUCAGCGGCGGCCUCCCUCGCGUGUCGCCCUUGAGACAAACACUCACUCGAGGACGAAGCUUCUCGCAACACAGAUAAAUCCCUGAGUUAAGAAGUGCCUCUUAUUGCUUGUUUGAUUGUUAUUCAUAACAGUUAAUUACAGCUGGUUGCCAAACUAUGUUGAAAAAAAACAAAUAAAUAAAUAAAUAAAUACUGUUUGUUACACGAUUUAAGAUGGAUUUUUCUCUGAGUGUUUCAUAAAUGUUUAUUGAUGAACAUAUAGCCAUGUAUAGCUAUAGAGUGAAGUAUAUGUAUACAUGGUGGUGGGUGUCCUAGAACUAGUCAGCUAUAAUACUGUUAAUGGUUUUGAUUAGAGCUGACACAUCAGGCGGAGAAGUUAGCUAAGUCUACUCAGGUAACAUAAAACAUAAAUAUAUAUAUAUAUAUAUAUAUAUAUAUAUAUAUAUAUAUAUAUAUAUAUAUAUAUAUAUAUAUAUAUAUAUAUUUCUUACUUUAAUUAAUUAAUUUUCAUGUAUAUGUGAAAAACUCCUACAGUAACUAAUAAGACUGAGUCAGGUUUACCUUCACUACAUAGCUACAGGUGUUAAAGGCAUCUGUUGUUUGUUAUUAUUCACGUCAACACUUUGAGUAACAUCAGCUGAUCGUGAGUGUGUGUGCUGCUGCCUGAGGAAGGUGACGUCACUAACUCCUGGGCGUGAUGGGUCAGCCAGUAGGUCUGCAAUAAUGUAACUUAUAAGACAUCACUGUCAGUAUGCAAAUUGUUUGUGCAUUAUUUUAGCUCGCGGUGUCCGACAGUUGUGUGUGGCUCCGUGAAUGGUUGCAAUAGCGAAUUUCUUGGAGGGUGACACUCCCAGAAAAAAAAAAACUAAAAAAAAAUGUCCUAGUACAUGUUAAUGAAGUGUAAUGUCCUAGUCUCUCCCUGUAUCAUUGUUGGGCAGAUCUGAUGACAGCAAUUUUGAUAUGGUCUUGAAGAUUAUCGUUUACUUCUUUUCUGUUCUUUGGUAUUUUAAUUCCCGUAUGAUAACUAUUUAUUGUUAGACGGUUUACAGUUCUGUACAUUACGUGAAACUGAUCUUGACUUGUAUCUAUAUAAACAUGAAAACAAAAGAAUUUCCAAGUGCUUGUGCCUUUCGAUAAGCACAUCUUCUCCCGUCUAGUUAAGUGUGCUGAUCUGAAGGAGUGGAAGGAACUAAGUCACAGGAGACUUUAGCCAAUACAAAGCUUUCUAUUUUGUAGGUAAGAGAGAGAGAGACGGAAAAAGAGAGUGAGAGAUCGAGAAGGAGGAAGAUAUAGAGAGAUGAAGAGAAAGAAAGAGAAUGAAAGUCUCCAGAUGGUUGAGGAGGAGGAGAACUGAGCCACAGAGAUCGAGGCUACACGGUUGACCGCCUCUGAGACACUGACACUUGGUUGGUGGCCGAGGUGGAAGGUCCGCCUCAAUAAGAAGUAAAGCUGCUCGACAAAGAGUGUGGUACACUCCUGGGCUGCCGCGUUAUGACCACAUGAAAACUGCGAUACAAAAUUUGACAACCUGUGAUAUAUUUUUUGGGCCGAGAUUUUUUCUAUUAAUUAUUUUUUUAAAUGCAAAAUCACGUUCUUCCAUGAUACUCCCAUAAAUCUUCCACAGAGUUAAGCAUGUGACGUUAACUACACUGCGAUAUCUUGCUGUUGCUUCAGGCCUCCAAGAUCCACGUACACGGGGACUCUUACGGCGAAUAUUUCUCGUAAGAUAUAAAAAUGCAUUUAACUCCUUAACUUAAAACAUUAACAUGACGUCUAUAGUUUAGCAUCAAGGUCACACAAAGACUAACAUAACUAGAUACCUUUACUUAACACCAGACAACACCAAGGAACAAAGUCUUUGGAAACAUUUGUCAAACACUCAUUUUGACCUGAUGCUAACUGAACGGAUCUAGUUAAGGUAGGAUUUUAGAAUCAUUUGGAUACUAUGCUUUGUCGUUAGUUCUGUGUUUUAACGUAAGUCAAUCAGUUCGGUACAUUUUUAGAUCUUGAGGGACGAGAAAUAUUUGUGGCAGGGGCCUCUAAGGACCCGGGUCUUGUUCACUAUACACGGCUAAAAGGUAAAUCACGAAUCCGCUUUUGUUUUUUCUUUGAGUGAAGCAAGAAGAUCCCAGAUAACAACCUUAUACACGAUUUGACUCAGAUAAAUAUUAAAAAAAAGUUUCUUCAUUGAGUUGUAAUUCACACACAUCUAUCUAUCUAUAUAUAUAUACAUACAUAUAUAUAUAUUCAUUUAUUUACUUAUAAGUAGGGUCACGCGUUAGGUAUAGAUGCUUUGAUAGGUUGAACUGCACUUUGGGGUUCUAUGCAUAUUUCUUUACUCUCUAUGUAUAUGCAGCUUCACCAAUAAAGAAAUUAUGUAAAUAAAUGUUAAGAAUGUAUGAGUGAAGCAGAUGAAGCAAGGUUUACCCCUCCUCUUUUACAUUGCAUUUUGUUGGUUUGUCACUGUGAGUUCAUAAGACAUCUUGGUAUGCUGAAGUAUUUGCCAUAUAACAAAAUAUUAUACAAUUUGUCACAUGUUAUUUUUCUCGUGAAUUUAUUUCUUGAAGAUUGUUGCUAAGGAUUUACGUGAAGUAUUGAAAGUCUAAGUGGUAAAGAAUUGUCGAAACUAAAUGUUUUAAAGGAGUCAUGUUUGGUGCUUCAAGACUGACAUGGGACUGUUCUUGUAGCCUGUGUGUGUGUGUGUGUGUGUGUGUGUGUUUUGUGUUGUGUCGUGUUGUGUGUGUGUGUGUGUGUGUGUGUGUGUAAAGAAGACGCGUCAGACAGACACACACACACAGGCUACAACAACAGUUUCGUCUCAUCAUGGAAGUUCUCACAGGAUCCUUCAAGACAAGUAGCCAACUCCUUCAAUAACGGUUCCAGUUAGAUUUGUGAUUACUGACACUAAUAAACCUUCCGACGGUA